AUGCGGUCGACGGCGCUGUGGCGGUACAAGAUGCCGAAAAACAUGGGCGUCGCACCGCGCUUUGACGUGUGGAAUGAGUCGCACGAGCCCUGGCAGCACAUGAAGCGGAUGGGCCGUCUGGUGGGCACCGGCUUUUACAUUCCGCCGGAGUGGUACAAUCACUUUCGCAUGUUUCCGCCAAUCAACCACAACUUCCAGCAGGAGAAGACGCUCAACCCGCGCAACGCGAGCGAGCCAACGCAGGACGACGCGGGGUCGCUGGGCCCAGAGCGGGUCGCCCUCCGCGACGAGCUGGCGCGGAAGAGUCGGUUGGUGGCGUCGGAGGGGAUGCGGUACUACAACAUUUUUUGGGUCCGCAAGCCGCUGGACCGGAUGGAGAAGGAGUACUACGAGCUCAAGCGGAGGGGCGUUGCCCACAGCGAGGCCAUCAAGAAGGUGCUCGAGGGCUUUUACAAUGACUUGGCGGUGAAGAAGCGGGUGGCCGCGGUUCAGGCGGAGGAGGCAAAGUUGUCGGGGCGGUUUAUUACCAUGCGGGAGGCCACUGUUGUGCUGAACGUCCUUGCGCAGCUGCACCGGGAGCAGCUGACGCCGCACCAGGUGACGCUGCUGGCGAAGGAGCAGCGGGAGGCCGCGGCGUCGGCGAGCGGACUCACGGCAACGGUGUCGCGCGUGUCGGCCCCAGCGUCGGGUGCGGAGACGGAGGCGGCCGCACCGAAAGAGUCGGGCUCCGGUGAGGCGCUCUCGGCGGAUUCGCUGGCGAGCAUGUUGGAAGAUGACCACGUGGGCAGCACCGGGACGCAGUACCAUGUAGAGGUGAAGCACAGCGCGCACGACAGUGUGAAGCAGCUGCAGGAGGAGUCCACCGACAACACCGGCUCACCGGAUUGGUACACCGGGGCCUCGCCCGUGUACGGCGGCUCCGCGCAGUGA